GCAUUUCCCAGAGCCCCCCGCGGCGCUCACGUGACCGGGGCGGGCGGAAGAUGGCGGAGCCGCCCGGGGCCGCGGCCGAGGACUCGUGGGGCAAGGUGGACGCCGCCUACGGUGACAACGGCCUGGACUCGGCGCUGCUCGGGGACUGCGCCCGCAAGGGGAGCGUCGUGUCCCGCGCCAACAGCAUCGGCUCCACCAGCGCCUCGUCCGUCCCCAACACGGACGAUGAAGACAGCGACUACCACCAGGAGCCCUACAAGGAGUCCUACAAGGACCAGCGCAGGCGGGCGCACACCCAGGCGGAGCAGAAGAGGCGAGAUGCCAUCAAGAAAGGCUACGACGACUUGCAGGCCAUCGUCCCCACCUGCCAGCAGCAGGACUUCUCCAUCGGCUCCCAGAAGCUGAGCAAGGCCAUCGUCCUCCAGAAAACCAUUGACUACAUCCAGUUCCUGCACAAGGAAAAGAAGAAGCAAGAAGAGGAAGUUUCUAUCCUCAGGAAAGAGGUGAUGGCCUUGAAGAUCAUGAAAGUGAACUACGAGCAGAUCGUGAAAGCUCAUCAGGACAACCCCAACGAGGGGAAGGACCAGAUCUCCGACCAGAUGAAGUUCAACGUUUUCCAAGGCAUCAUGGACUCCCUCUUCCAGUCCUUCAACGCCUCCAUCUCGGUCACGAGCUUCCAGGAGCUCUCGGCGUGUGUCUUCAGCUGGAUUGAGGAGCACUGCAAGCCCCAGACGCUCCGGGACGUUGUCAUCGGGGUCCUGCACCAACUGAAGAGCCAGCUCUACUGAGCCUUCCCUCGCCGGCGGCUCCGGGUCUGCCGCCUCCUCGACCCCUGCCGGAGCUGGGCGCCUCCUGCCCGGGUGACGGACGCCGGGAGAGGCUGGGCCGUGUCCCUCGGGGCUGUUCCUAAAGCUUCUCCGAUUAUUUAUUGCGACUACAAAACCAAAACGAGGCUGUGCAAACGGCUCUGCUCCACAGGUACUGUCACAGCUGAUGUUACCAAAUACUUCUAGGGACUUAGCAAAGGGAAAAAGUGAUUUGAAUGUGUUUUUUUCAGUCACCAGAGAGUCCUUAGUUCAGGCAGGCGUGUCGUGGUUGGCUUUGCCUGUGCCACUGACUCUCCCCAGCCACAGCUCGGCUGGCAGAACGGCUCUGCUCCGUAACCUCAGACCUGUGCUAAAAACCCUUUUGACCCUGGGAGAAGGGAAAUGAAAAGAGCAGGCCUGCUGAAAGCUGUUUUAACAUGGACUAGGCGGAGGGUUCCACAGCUGCAGGCUCUCCCUGCCUCCCUCUGAAGCAGCCCUCAGAAGGGCAAGAGGCUGUUCUUGGCUCGCGUAGAUGCGUUGGGGAACCGAAGGAAGGAUCAGCCCCUCACUGCCAGGGCCGUGCUCAGGGCGAGCAGCCGGGAGCUCUCCUAGCGCUGGAGGAGCGCGCCGGGGCCUCGCUGGCCUGACCUCUCUUUGUAGCCAUAAAACCCCGGAAAGGGAGAAGGGAGCGAAAUUUCUUUGCAGUCUUUUCCUGCUUGUGCUCGUUGAGAUGUGCCUGGCUUCAUCUCGCUUCGGGUCGGGACGUGGCCGUACCGAUCAGGAAAGUAGUCCAGUAGCUGCAGCCCCGCGCUGCCGGGAGCUCUCACUGCUCCUCCUUAGAACCAUAGUGGGUUUUUUUGUUUGUUUUUGUUUUUUUUUUAUACAUAUGCACACACAACCAGCCGUGAUUUUAUUUCAUAAAUCCCUGAAAUCAUUGUGAAGCCCUCUCGAUGUCAGUUUUGCAGACAAACGCUUGCCGGGACGAUGUUUUAACGUGUCACACGCUGCUGCUGCUGUCGGCACGCUCGUGGCUGUAGCCACCACACGCACCGGGUGGAGCAGCGCAGGAGCCGUUUGCGGCUCACGGGGGUUGUUGGACCCCCCCCUCCGCCUGCAGCAGGGUUUGUUCUCGGUAAUCCCGUUCUUGCUACCCCCUCCUGCAGCAGCAGCUAUUUAUUUUACGGGGGUUUUCCCCCUGUAACGCUGUUUCUCAGCUCCAGGUUGCUUGGUCGGAGUGCUGCAGCUUGAGAUUGUUCAAGCUCCUGCUUCUGCCUGGCUCAAGUCAAGCGGAGCCUUUCUGGGGGUUAAUUUCUAUCCAAGAUUUUGCCUCAGACCCCGCAGUUGGGUGUUCUUUUUAAUACAAAGCAAUAGAAGCCCCCGAGGAGCUGAGCCUUGUGGUGAUGCACGUAAUCGGUAACGCAGGGGCAGACGUGUCCCUGGAAAAUGUUGCUUUGUGAGGAAGGAAAGGCGCUGCUGGGGGCUGACAGCCUGGGCCGCCGCCAGGUGGCACAGCUGAAAUCCCUCGAGCUGAAAUCGCCCUCCUGCCCCGCGAGGAGGACGUGGAUUUUUACAGACCUGCCCUAUUUUUCUAUGAUGAGAAGUAAUUAAAUAAAUUUUGCUGGAUGUUUUAA